AUAAAAUAUCCACUUGAUCCACUUGUUCGCAUCUGCACCUGCAGUCAACUGCACAUCUUCAACUUUUCCUUCAACUUUUCACCCCUGCCCCCUCUGCGCGACCGUAAAUCAGCGAAUCGGUGUGAGCUUUUGAAGGGUAGUUGCGUGCGCCUCGUUUACUUUAGCACGCACGAGAAGAGUGUCCAAUAGUGAAAGAGAAUUCAAAAUAUUUGAGCCUGUUACGGAAAGGAGGUGUGGAUAUUUUCAAAGCUUUUCGCGUGCCUCUCAGCGGUGACGUCUUGAGAGGGGCGUUGAAAUUUGAAAGCGCGCCGCGCUCAGCUCAGUUCCAGGCAAGUAAUCGUGUUGAGUGGACGUGUGACGCGUUUUAAGGCGUUAAUCGCUUCGGUUAAUUUGAUAUUUAGUUUUCAUUACAAUUUUCAUAUUAAUAUACAGAACUUUUCUAUAUUAAGUACGACUUUUCUACAAAACGUUAUACAUUUUUCCAUCGUCAUCGCUUGAGCUUUUCCUCCGGUUUGCUUUUGACAAAUAACGAUCUCUCAUUCGCAAAGAUGAAAGUUCUGGUAUCGCAGCAAUUGCCGAUGCUACAUGUGUCGAAUUCCUUCUUCCCAUAUAAUCCAAGUCUGGAAGAAGAACUGAAGCGACUUUUCAACUUUACUUUGAACCCCGAUAAUUGCGAACGUGGUAAUGAUGUGAGAGAAGAAUUCAAGCAAAAUGGCCAAGACUCCGAGUAUUGCCCAGAGUUGGAAACUGGUGCGAUUCCUCUUCCAAAUCCCAGAAGGAGGAAAUCUAACAGGAAACCUCUUGCCACCGAGUGCGUAUUCUGCAGAAACAAUGGGGAGGAAGCUCAUUAUUAUCGUCGUCAUUUGCUCAAAGAUGCCGAUGGUCGCAUUAUGUGCCCAAUUCUAAGAGCUUACACGUGUCCGAUUUGUGGAGCGUGCGGGGACGCGGCACAUACGAUAAAGUACUGUCCCUCGAACAAGAAUCCGGAGGCUGUUGCAACCGUAAACGCGUUGAAGGUUUUGAGAAACUCUACUGGCAAACGUCGUUCGAAGUAAAAAAAAAACAAUCAGCAACAUCGAUCUAUACAACGAUGCCCUUGGAUUUGGAGGAUGUAACGCGGAAUCAUCGAGUCCGCCGAAAGAGUUGCGUUCCGCUGCCGUGUGAAUCGAUGCCAUCGACCAGUGAACAAGAAAUUUGAAAAAUUAUGGUAUAACAGAUAUACACUGACUUACCUUCACCGGUUAGGGCCGAGUUUCCUCCGACGAUGCCUUGAAAUUUUCCUCUUCUCGGGAAAUUCGCGCCUUUUUGCUGCCGCAGCGCUUCCUGUGAGAUCAAAGAACCGAUUGUACAUGAUUUUAAAACACCGUUGAAGGCGGCCGUGUUCUGGCUACGGUCGAUGCGUUCCAUCAGUUUGUUUAAAAUUAUGCACAACUCAUAAGCUUCUAGUUUCACAGGAUGCGCUACGUUUUUGUCAUGGUUUUGUCGGAAUGAUCAACGUUUAAAAUAUGAUUACGUUCAGUUAUUAUCGCGGAGCUAUAUUUUACAGCCUUGAUUCAUUUUCAUUGCCAUGCCGUCAAUUUUGCUUUUAUUCCGCCAAUUCAGAUGCGCCAAAUUAAUAAUAGUAUUUUGUUCACGCGACGGCGUUCGCAUCGAUGUAAUAAACGUCCAGCGUUCAAAUCACGGGGCUUCGGCAAAAAAAAAAAAAAACAAACAAAGAAAAAACAGAUAAGCAAGUGUUAAAACCGUUUUUGAAAUCAUAUUCCAAGCCAAUCAAGUAUUAUAAUAUUAGGAGAUACUCAUAAUCAGUGAGUUUUGUUUUUACUUUUCUAUGCGAUUUAGAAAGUAAGUUCGUUAAUUGUGGUAAGAAUACUCCAAUGCUGACUAAUACCAUCUUAUGAUAACUAUGCACAAAAAUGAGGUUUUUCCAACACAUUUUUUUUCUAAAUAUCGAAACUGAUCAUGCUUGACCGUACUAAAAAAAAAAAAGAAAAAAAGAAAAAAAAAACGAUCCACGUUUUGAUUACACGAGGUCCAAGACGAAUCACGCUACAGUUUGAUCAUUUUCAUCAUUCACUAUUAUUCAUAGAAAUCAUGAUUUUACAAUUUCACUAUCAAACCAAAUUAGGUGGGAUUUACAGUUGCGUGCACGAUUAUACCCAUACCCGCAGUAAAUCAAAAUCAUUUUUAGAUGACCAUAGCCACAGCCGUUCCGAUUAAUACACAUACAGAUGCGUGUCGGUAUCCACCUGUAUCAGCGGCUGUUUUUUUUCUGAAAAAAAAAAAACAAAAAAAAUGCAAGUAAAAAAUCUAAACCUUAUAAAAAUCCUUGUAUGAUUCGUUCACUUGAAAUCGCGUUCGAACAAAGCAAAGUGAAAACGUUUAGCCAUCGAAAUCUGUGUCGAUCGUCUAUUGCGCAAGCGGAGUUAGAAACGAUUUGAUAUUAUCUUUUUAUUUAUGUUGUAUUUACGUUUUAAGUAACUUUGAAAUCGGCUCUGAAAAUUCAUAUUAUUUACAAUUCGUCCUACCGCCCCUCCCUUUCCUCUGCAGAUCCCGUUUUUAUCAUGUGCGACGAUUUUGUUAUAUGCGACAAGUGGAUUUUCCGACUCUGAUUUCAUCCCUUCCAUAAUAUCGACUCGUUUCAUAUCCCGCGACGGUUGACACAGUUCCAAAAGAUUUGAAAAACGUUUUAUUCUUCGCGCGUUUCCCGUACAAUUGCGAAAUGACGAAACCGAAAGAGUAGUUGGAGGAGAAUGUUUAUUGGAGUAAAUGAGAGCGAGAACGACAUCCUUGGUCGUUUCAAAUUACAUUGGCCAGAGACUAUCAGAUCCCAAGUGUUCUGCCAUAUUUUCUAUUUCUUUAUUUUCUAUUUGAUUUUUUUUUUUCAUUAAUUUUUUUGUUCUGCUUUUUAAAAUAAACUUCUUCGGAAUUUCGACCGUUUGACUGUCUAUUGCUACGACUGUCGACGUUUCUUCUAAAGUAUAGCUGGCUUCUAUUCAAAAUCUUGAACCGUCUAGUCUAGGAUAAUACAGAGCUAAAUACUGUUUACAUUAUACUGAUCGAAAUUCUGACGAAGAUAUUUUCAACGAUGACUGAAUAUAAUCACAAUUAUAAUACAUACUUUAAACUACGUUAUGUACUUACAGAAAAGAUCCAAAAGAAAAAAAAACCAAAAAAAAAAAAAAAAACGUAUCUAGUGUGAUUAGUUAUAAGUUGAUUUCCAAGACGUACCUUGUUAGAUAUGUAUAGGGAAUACAGAUUAUCGAGUUUUGUCUCGGUACUUUUCGUUGAACCAAGUUUUUGAAUCUGAUUGAGAUAAGACUUACGCAUAAAAUGUUCGGAGCUGUUAUAAUAUAUGAUAUAUAGUAUAUACGGAUAAAUAUAUAUUUAUGUAUGUUGAUACUUUGCACAAGCUUGUCGCGAGUUCUAAUUGACUGACU